GAGGACUGUUGUAAAUCAGAGUUCAUUGAGGACUGUUGUAAAUCAGAGUUCAUUGAGGACUGUUGUAAAUCAGAGUUCAUCGAGGACUGUUGUAAAUCAGAGUUCAAUGAGGACUGUUGUAAAUCAGAGUUCAAUGAGGACUGUUGUAAAUCAGAGUUCAAUGAGGACUGUUGUAAAUCAGAGUUCAAUGAGGACUGUUGUAAAUCAGAGUUCAAUGAGGACUGUUGUAAAUCAGAGUUCAAUGAGGACUGU